UUUGGCGCUCACGUCAGUUGCUAUUCCUGGCUCUGCUGGAGAAACCAAACCUGCCCCACCCCCUGCACCGCGGCGGGGGGCUCCCCACAGCACCUCGUAUUGGCUCCUGGGGCCCAGGGACGGGGCGUGGCCAACCCCCUCGGGGGAUAUAGGGCCAGGGAGAGAAGGGGCGACACGACGCGCCUACCUGGGGGGCAAGAUGAUGGCGGUGCUGCUGCUCCUCUCCCUGCUUGUGGGGCCGACUGCCCUGGCCCUGCCGGGGGAGCCCCCCGAGUGCCUGCAGGGCCCUGAGUUUUGGUGCCGGGACAUGGCCACAGCAGCCCAGUGCGGCCAACUGCAGUUUUGCCUGGAGUACGACUGGAACGAGCUGCCCGAGGGCGCUGACGAACGGCACCCCCUGGUGAAGUGCUGGGCGUGCAAAAAAGUCAUCAGCAAGCUGAAGAAAAUGGUGUCCAACACGCACAACACAAGCAGCGUGGCAAUGGCCAUCAAGAAGAUCUGCUCCAAGUUCCGCUCCGGCUUCGCAGCCAAGUGCCACCGUGUGGUGGACCGGUACAUGCAGCCCAUCGAGGACGGGCUGGCCCAGGACCUGGAGCCCCGCGACAUCUGCGUCUCCAUUAACAUGUGCAAGAGCCAGGGCCACCCAGGGUGGAAGGUUCCUGGCCUGCCCCAGGCCCCGGCUGCAGAGAGCUCUGCGGAUGCCAUGGGACCAGAUGCCGCGUGAGCCAGGGCAGAGUGGAGCGGCUGCCCCCAGCUUUGACACCCGCCCGAAAACCAGCCUUUCAAUAAAGCUUCUGCCUGCAGCA